GUUGGAAAGAAGAAUGAGCCAAAAAAUUUGCGAAAAAAUUUAUGUUACGAACUUUCUUCUGGAACAUAACUCGUUUGUGAGUUGAGGUUUGUCUGUAUAUAGCUCAAUAAAAUAGCUCACCUCCAUCAACACUAGAUGGUGACCAAAUGGUCAAUGUCUGUCCGUCGAUGUGUGUGUACAAUCAUAACACGGUCACGGUUUUUUUUUCGCGCCAUUUUGCUUCAUUUUUUUCUUCGCGUUAAAUGUCACUUGUUAUCCAAAUGCUUUAGAUCAAAGUUUUUCAUCGAACAAUUCAGAAUUUAUCGGCUUUUAUCGCGCGCCAUUUUGCUUAAUUUUUUUUUCGAAUUAAAUUUUCAUUUAUUUCAACAUUUAAAUUUUAUUCGAUUCAACAACAAAGAAAAAUUCGAUUUCGUUAUUUGAUUUGUGUGUUUGUUUGUCUUUGUGAAAAUUGCAUCUAAUGAAAAACAACUUAGAAAUACACACGCAGCAGAAAAUCGUUACAAAAGAACGUAUAAUAUGGAUCCCAGCAAUGCCACUUGUUAUGCUGAUGCUUUAGAUCAAAGUUUUUCAUCGAACAAUUCAGAAUCGAAUAUGUCUUCGACAACAACACCAACUAUCGUUACAUCCCAACAAUCAACUUUACCGACAUCCAUUCAAACUGCUGCAUCGAUGCUCACUCAACAGCAACAAAAACCUCAACAAGAUCAAUCCAUAUUAGCUGGACAACAAUUGUCAGCAAAUGUUGGUGAGGCCUCCGUGAUAGGAACCAAUCAAGAUGAUACACCAAUCUAUUGGCAUGAACCAUUAAUACCGCCGGUUAAAGGAAUGGUACAACCAAUCACUGCACCACCGCCGGAUAAACCACAUCGUAAUACAAAUCAGCUACAAUAUAUGCUACGCAUAAUCAAUAGAAAUAUUUGGAAACAUCAAUAUGCAUGGCCAUUUCAAGAGCCUGUUAAUGCGGAAAAAUUACAGCUACCCGAUUAUCAUACAAUCAUUCGAAAACCAAUGGAUUUGGGAACGAUAAAAAAACGCUUAGAAAAUUGUUACUAUUAUUCAGCACAAGAAUGUAUAAAUGAUUUUCGUCUCAUGUUUGACAAUUGUUAUUUGUAUAAUAAGGAAGGUGAUGAUGUUGUUAUGAUGGCACAUAGUAUUGAAAAAUUAUACAAUUCAAAAUUAGCCGAAAUGCCUCGUGAAGAGAUUGAAAUACCUAUACAGGUAAAAGGCGCCAGAAAAAAAGGUAAAGGAAGAUCAAAAACGAAAGGAGGAUCUGGUCCUAGAGUAAUCAAUACAAGUUCGCGACCAUUGUCAACGCCAAUAUCCACUGUUCCAAAGCAGCCCAUAUCUUUAUAUCCUGUACAACCACAACAACAUAUACCCUAUAGACAGAUGAAUAAUAGUGGUCCGACAGUGGCACAAAAAAAUAAUGUUAAUCAAACAUCCAUUGUUCCAUCAACAGCAUUAACUGAUGGCAAAACAUCAUUAGCAACGAUGCCUACAAUGGAUUCGAUUCUUAACCAAAAUCCUCCUACGAUUUUACUUCCACAACUUCUCAGUAUUCAAAAACAAUCAUCAAAAGUGAAAAAAAGAAAAUUAUCCAAAGAAAAUUAUUGUUAUAAAUAUAAUUCACCUGAUCAUCAAGUUGUUAAUAUGGGUCGAAAAUUACAGGAUGUGUUUGAAAUGAGAUAUGCAAAAAUGCCAGAUUUUGAGGAUCAUAGCGAUGAAAGUGGUACAUCCGACAGCAAUCAUUCCUCAUCAUCAUGUUUCGAUAGUGAAGAUGAAAAUGAACGACGUAAUGCAUUGAAAACCUUACAAGAACAAUUGAAAAAAUUGACCGAACAAGUACAACAAUUAGCUAAACAAUCAGAGAGAAGUAGUAAGAAAAAGAAACAUAAAUCCAAAACUAGUGAAACGGAUCUUAAAGAACGUGGUGGUGAUAAUAACAGUCGUGUCAAAGUAGAAGUUGAUGAUUUAAAUACCGCUUUUUAUCACCACCGUCAUCAUACGACAAAUAAAACGAAUCGUGAAUCAUCUGAAGCUGCUACUGUACCUCAGAAUUUGAAUCGAAUCGAUUCAGAAGAAGAAGAUAAUGCUCGUCCGAUGAGCUAUGAUGAAAAACGACAGCUUAGCCUCGACUCUAACAAAUUACCUGAACCCCCGGCUAUCGGAUCGAAUGUUGAUGAACAUGGACAUUCACGGCCAGUAGCAUUCAUGCCAUAUCAUGUUAAUGGCCAACAUAUAAUGGAAGGUCUAGCAUCUUCAAUGCUUUUUAUAUUGGGUGCAAUUGAUUUUGUCAUUCUGGAUAAAACACAUCAACCGAACACGCGUAAACUGAAUCGAAUAUUCUUGAUUUCAAUUGGUUUCGCACUUAUAUUGGUAUCAUUUUUUACUACAUGGAUUUUUAUGCGUAUGAAAUUACCUGGCUAUCUGCAAUAAUCCAUGGAAUCAGCCACCGAAUUCAGCAAUACUGUGACAAUUUUUGAUAUUUAAAUGGAAAAUUUGAUAUUCUAAAUAUUAAAAAAAAUUUCAAAUUUUAAAAAAUGAAAUCAAGAAUUUUUCUUUCGAUCACCUUCUUUAUGAACGUCCUCGAUAUUCACUGGAAUCAAGAAAAAGAAUUUCCAAAUUUUAUGUGGUAGUGGUAUGUCGUAAUGUGCAAUAAUUUAUUAACAUGGUGUGAAUGCCGAUUGCCCGCGCGCUCGGCAUAACACACAAAGACACACCUACAUAAUAAAACACAUUAUAUUUCAUACAGACGCUCUCCGACUUGCAAACAUUCGGAGAUAUAUCAUAUAUGACGAAUGAAUUUUUGUUAAAAAAUUUUUUUGCUUCACUUUUGUGAGGCUAAUUUCUAACUGAAUGUUACUGAUGGAAAGAAGAAUGAGCCAAAAAAAUUGCGAAAAAAUUUAUGUUACGAACUUUCUUCUGGAACAUAACUCGUUUGUGAGUUGAAGUUUGUCUGUAUAUUCUUUACAAAUAAAAUAGCUCACUUCCAUCAACACUAGAUGGUGAUCAAAUCGUUUCGAUUGGUCAAUGUCUGUCUGUCCGUCGAUGUGUGUGUGUAUAUAUGUAACAACAAUCGAUGCCUCUCCCUUUUGUUUGGCCAGCCAUCAUGAAUCGUUGUGUGUGUUUUGUGAGCAGUAAAAAUUGAGCGACGAAUCGCUGACUCGAUCUGUUCGCCCAACUGUUCCCGCUCACUUAUAUUCAGCGUUUAUUGUAUUCUCUGUUUGUAUAUUUGACCUGACCAUCAUCAUUAAUUAACAUCAAAUAAAUAAAAUUUGAGACCCAUCAAAUCAA